CGAGGGUAAAUCCGUCCAAAGGAAAAAAGGCUCAUUGGAGAAAACGACGCCGUUUUAGAUCAACACUGUUUACGUUUCGCGCUCCAAAUUCCGCACAAAACCAGAAACGACGGCGCAGACAGAAAACUCCGCCGGCGAUGGAAGUGCCGGAGUGUCCGGUGUGCCUCGAACGCUACGACGACCAAGUUUCCAUCCCUAGGGUCCUAUCUUGCGGUCACUCCGUCUGCGAAGCAUGCCUCGUGGAGCUUCCGCUGCGGUUCCCGAACACGAUUCGGUGCCCGGCGUGUACACAGCUCGUUAAGUACUCUUCAGAGCAAGGACCUUCGUCUCUUCCAAAGAACAUCGACCUUCUCAGGCUUUGCCUCUCUUCAUCUUCUUCUUCUUCUUCUUCGCGAUCGGUGAAACCGACUCAACGGUCAACGAUCGACGGUUGUGAUGAUCGGUCUGUAAUUCGAGAUCGGUUCUGGUCCGACGAGUUCUAUGCCAAGUGGAAGGACUGGAUUCUCCCGCACGACGCAGUUUCGGUGGAGUCCCCACCUGAACCCGAAUCCGAACCCAGCGGGUUUGUGUUGCGAGGGCAAUUUGGUUCGAGUUCUUCGUUGAAGGGUAGGGUUAGUGUUUGUUCUCGAAAUAGCAAGUGUUUGAGCCUUGUUCCUGUUUUUUCUUUACCUCGUGUUUUGAAUUGUUCGAAGUUUAAGUUCAGUUAUGUUGCGAGGAUUAUGGAAUGUUUGGUGGGGAUGAAGGAGGCUGUGAGGGAGGAGUUAGCUUUGAUUCUAGAAGCUUCUGUGAGGCAGGGCAGGGUUUUUAGGGUUUAUGGGCUGUGGAGUGAAGUGGAGGUAUUGGAUGGGUCAUUGUACCUGGUGUGUGAAAGGCACAAUGGUGGUAGCAUUUUGCAGAAGUUUGGUGAAUUGAAGAAUGGGUUCCUUGGUUUGGGAUUGGAAGAUAAAAAAGAUGGGAUUUUAAGCUUUGCUGUGAUUGGGAAGAGUGUGUGUGAUUCUGUGCUGGCUUUGCAUUUGGAAGGUUUGGUUGCUGGUUGUUUAGGACCUUCGUGCUUUGCUUUCGAUGAGCUUGGUGGUGUUUGUGUUAAUUUGAAUGAGGUUUUGGUUAUGAGAAGGAAGACUGUGUAUAGUUUUUCUGGUGGCAACAAGGUUAGGCAGAAAGAAGAGGGAUUGUUUAAGGGUUGUUUAAAAAAUGAGCUUUUUUUAUGCCCUGAGGUUUUGUUUCGAUUACUGCAGAAGAAUGCUGCUGUUAAUCCGGAGGAUGAGCAUUCCAGAUAUCCGUUCGGGUAUGGCUCAGAUGUGUGGUCAUUGGCUUGUGUGCUGUUGUGGCUUCUCAUUGGAGAUGCACUCCCUCAGAUUCCCUUUGAAAUGAGUGAAGAGAAUGGCUUUGACUUAUCAGCUAGUUAUGUUUGUUGGGCGGAGAAAGUUAGUUCUGUUUUGGAAGACAAACUUGGCUCUGAAUAUCCGUCAUUGAGGGGGACACUUUGCAAAUGUUUGGACAUGAAUCCGGGAAACCGCAUGAGUGUGGUGGAUGUGCGGAAGUGCAUUCAGGAUAUGUUACUCAAACCUGAAUUCGAUUUUCUGGAAAACUUGGAGGUUACGGUUAAUCGGAGCAGCACUGGUUGCUGCUUGGUUUUUGGUGAGUUCAGUCAAGGACAAUGUGAGUUGAAUGAAAAAGAAGACAAUGGGCCACCAGAUGUUGUUGAUGGGGAAGAGAAACCUGAUGCAGAUUUGGUUGCUAGCUUAUCUAAGGGAAUGACUGAACUUAAAGAUCUGCGAGGACAUCUGGAUUGUAUCUCUGGACUAGCAAUUGGCGGGGGAUAUCUGUUUAGCUCUUCGUUUGAUAAAACUGUCAAAGUAUGGUCGUUGCUGGACUUUUCUCUUUCACACACGUUUAAAGGUCAUGAGGAUAAAGUCAUGGCUAUAGUUUAUGUAGAUGAUAAAGAACCAUUGUGUGUAAGUGGUGAUAAUGGAGGGGGCAUAUUUGUCUGGGGGCUUUCUGCUCCUCUCAGGCAAGACCCCUUAAGGAAAUGGUAUGAGCAGAAGGAUUGGCGCUUCAGUGGUAUCCAUUCCUUAACUGUUUCAGCAAGUCGUUGUCUCUACACUGGAAGUGGAGAUAGAACAAUAAAAGGUUGGUUGUUAAAGGAUGGAACUUUGAUGUGCACAAUGACUGGUCAUAGGUCUGUAGUUUCCACUCUUGUAGUGUGUGAUGAGGUUCUUUACAGUGGUAGUUGGGAUGGAACCGUUCGGUUGUGGAAUCUUAGCGAUCACAGCCCAUUGACAGUGCUAGGGGAAGGUAUGCCUGGAGAAAUGAAGUCUAUCCUAGCUAUUACUGUUGAUAGACAUUUGCUUGUUGCGGCGUAUGAGAACGGCUGCAUAAAGGUAUGGAGAAAUGAUGUGUUCAUGAGUUCCAAAUCAUUACAUAAUGGUGCCAUUUUUGCUAUGAGCAUGCAAGGGCAAUGCCUUUAUACAGGAGGCUGGGACAAAAAUAUAAAUAUACAGGAAUUAGCUGGAGACGACGAAUUGGAUGUCAGAGCAUUUGGAACCAUUUCUUGCAGUUCUGUUGUAACGGCUAUUUUAAGCUGUCAAGGAAAACUUUUUGUUGGAUAUGCUGACAAGUCUAUCAAGGGGACGCUAGGUAGUAUUAGAAAGAGUCUCAACGAUUUCAUGAGCUUGAACUACUGGGUUGUUCGUGAUUACUACCGCCUUGUUAGCUCUGUUAACUCCUUCGAGCCCCACAUUCAGAAACUCUCCGACGAACAGUUAACGGCCAAGACGGAGGAGUUUCGCAGGAGGCUCGGACGUGGCGAGACCCUUGGAGAUAUUCAAGCUGAGGCGUUUGCUGUUGUUCGUGAAGCUGCAAGGAGGAAGCUUGGGAUGCGCCAUUUUGAUGUUCAGAUUAUUGGUGGGGCAGUGCUGCAUGAUGGGUCAAUUGCCGAGAUGAAAACAGGGGAGGGGAAAACGUUGGUUUCCACGUUAGCAGCGUAUCUUAAUGCCCUCACUGGUGAGGGUGUUCAUGUGGUAACCGUCAAUGAUUAUUUAGCUCAGCGUGAUUCUGAAUGGAUGGGGCGUGUUCAUUGCUUCUUAGGUCUUUCUGUAGGCCUUAUUCAGAAGGGGAUGAAUGCUGCAGAGCGGAGAUCCAACUAUAGAUGUGAUAUAACAUAUACCAAUAACUCUGAACUUGGCUUUGAUUAUUUACGAGAUAAUCUUGCUGGAAAUAGGGAAGACCUUGUGAUGAGAUGGCCAAAGCCAUUUCAUUUUGCAAUUGUUGAUGAAGUGGAUUCUGUCCUGAUAGAUGAAGGAAGAAAUCCUUUGUUAAUCAGCGGUGAGGCUAGUAAAGAUGCUGCACGAUAUCCUGUUGCUGCAAAAGUAGCUGAACUGCUUGUGCAGGGCACUCAUUAUAACGUGGAGCUUAAAAAUCAGUCAGUGGAGUUGACUGAGGAAGGAAUUGCUCUUGCUGAAAUGGCUCUUGAAACCAAUGACCUUUGGGAUGAAAAUGAUCCCUGGGCUAGGUUUGUGAUGAACGCUUUAAAAGCUAAAGAGUUCUAUCGCCGAGAUGUGGAGUACAUAGUCCGAGAUGGGAAGGCUUUAAUUAUCAAUGAGCUGACAGGAAGAGUUGAAGAGAAACGGAGAUGGUCUGAGGGGAUUCACCAGGCUGUGGAGGCAAAGGAAGGUUUGAAGAUUCAGGCAGAUUCCGUUGUUGUGGCACAAAUCACUUACCAGUCAUUAUUCAAGCUCUAUCCAAAAUUGUCAGGAAUGACUGGGACUGCAAAAACAGAAGAGAGAGAAUUCAUAAAAAUGUUCCAGAUGCCAGUCAUUGAAGUGCCCACAAAUCUUCCUAAUAUUCGUAAAGAUCUUCCUAUUCAAGCUUUCGCCACUGCUCGUGGGAAAUGGGAGCAAGUUCGCCGAGAAGUUGAAUAUAUGUUUAGACAAGGCCGUCCUAUCUUAGUUGGGACAACUAGUGUAGAAAAUUCUGAACUUUUGGCUGGUCUGCUUUGGGAGUGGAAUAUUCCCCACAAUGUCCUGAAUGCUCGACCCAAGUAUGCUGCAAGAGAAGCUGAAAUUGUUGCACAGGCAGGACGCAAACAUGCCAUUACCAUCUCUACAAAUAUGGCAGGCAGGGGCACAGAUAUAAUCCUUGGAGGAAAUCCAAAAAUUCUUGCCAGAGAAAUUAUAGAGGAUAGCAUAAUUCAUUUAUUGACACAACAGGAUCCAAAUGUUGAACUUGCUAGUGAGACGGUUUCGCAACAGGUAGUUUCAUGUUUUUAACUCAAAAGAUUUUAUAUUUGCAACAUGAAUUAUUCAGCCAAAUAUGUCUCGAAAAGUGAGGGUAGAAACUGGACAUAUCAGAAGGCUAAAUCCUUUAUCACAGAGGCUAUUGAAUUUAGUCUGUCAUAUAGUUUUAAGGAGCUGGAGGAGCUUGCUAAUGAAGAUUCUGAAUUUUACCCUCUUGGUCCAACAGUAGCACUUGCCUAUGUGUCAGUUCUGAAGGAUUGUGAAGAGCACUGUUUGCAUGAAGGCUCUGAAGUUAAAAGGCUUGGUGGCCUUCAUGUAAUUGGUACAUCUUUACACGAGUCCCGGAGAAUAGAUAACCAGCUCCGUGGCAGAGCAGGAAGGCAGGGAGAUCCAGGUUCAACACGAUUUAUGGUUAGCUUGCAGGACGAGAUGUUUCAAAAGUUCAAUUUUGAUACGGAAUGGGCUGUCAGACUUAUAUCAAAGAUUACAAAUGAUGAGGAUAUGCCAAUUGAGGGUGAUGCCAUUGUGAAGCAGCUCUUGGGGUUGCAAAUCAAUGCAGAGAAGUUCUUCUUCAGCAUAAGAAAGAGCCUAGUUGAAUUUGAUGAAGUAUUGGAGGUACAGCGAAAGCAUGUUUAUGAUCUAAGGCAGUUGAUCUUGACUGGAGAUGAUGAAAGCUGUUCCCAACACAUAUUCCAGUACCUGCAAGCAGUUGUGGAUGAGAUUGUCUUCAGUAACAUCAAUCCAAUGAAGCAUCCAUGUACCUGGAGUUUGAGUAAGCUCUUGAAAGAGUUUAUGACAAUUGGUGGAAAGCUGCUUCAUGAAUCUUUUGGAGGGAUCACCGACGACUCUUUGUUAAACUCACUUGGGCAACUGAAUGAUGCGGGUUCCAUUGAUAUUGUCAACUUUUCCCUUCCAAAUCUGCCCACACCUCCAAAUGCAUUCAGGGGAAUCCGCAGGAAAAGUUCUUCGUUGAGACGUUGGCUUGUUAUUUGCUCUGAUGAUCUAAUUGAGAACGGGAAGUAUCGGACAACAUCUAAUCUCCUCCGGAAAUAUCUUGGAGAUUUUCUAAUUGCUUCAUAUCUAAAUGUUGUUGAAGAGUCUGGUUAUGAAGAUAAAUAUGUCAAGGAAAUUGAGAGAGCUGUUCUUUUGAAAACUCUUGAUUGCUUCUGGAGAGAUCACCUUGUAAACAUGAAUCGGCUCAGCUCUGCGGUGAAUAUAAGGAGCUUUGGGCACAGAAACCCUCUUGAAGAGUACAAAAUUGACGGUUGCCGUUUUUUCAUCUCAAUGCUUAGUGCAACAAGGAGGUUAACUGUAGAAGCGCUGUUACGGCAUUGGUCAUCUCCAAUGGAAUCCCUUGAACUAUCUUGAUUAUAAAUGUACAUAAAAAGGUCCAAUUUUUACACAAUGUUAAUUUGAUGUUUCAAUCAGACUAAUAUUCUGAACAGUGUAGAUAUUGUAUUAAAGAACUCUGGCCACUCCUUCUCCGGUAGCGUUAUCCGUAUUUCUGGUUUGUCAAAGGGACUGGGAUGUGACAUGGAGAUGCACCAUACAGGUUUGUCAUCAUGAGCAGCACACCCUAUCAUGGAGAUAAUGCAGUGCGGAAUCUGGUACAAGCUCCUAUUAUUUAGAGCCUGGGGAAUGAUUGACUUGAAUUUUUCCUUUUCAAAAUGCAGGGUAAUCACAGAGCGGAUCCUAUUUCUUACAGUUCUUGUGCUUGAAUAACAUGAUUUUUGUUGAUUUUUGAAGUUGAAGUUUUUAUAUUGUGCUUCCUAGAAGAUAUAUAUGGCAAGCGCUUUGCCAUAAACUCCAAGCAAAUUGAGAUAGUGCAUCAACCCAUUGUAAAUUGUAUCCUUUGGCAUUGUUAAAAAAUAAAUGUAAAAUAUGAAGCAGGAGUAAAUAAUUAUAUUAUAUUCAAUCUUUCAGUUUCUUGA